CAGGUACGACUAUAUAAAAUCACCGCUACUUAAUCAAUUUUUAGUUUUCAUAAUAUCAUUUCUUUAAUAGUAAUUGAGAUAAAAUUUGGUUGCCCUACAUCGAUUCUAAGGAUUUCUAAUUUCUCUUCUCCUCUUAAUCAGUGAUACAUUUGGGGGAAAAAUGAGUGGGCGAAGGGGAAACGGCGAUCCUUUUUCUCAAUUUGGUGACCUGUUUGAUGGCUUUGGUGUUCACCGGAAUUUAACAUCGAGCUUUUUUGGAGGACGAGACCCAUUUGAUGAUCCUUUCUUCUCGCGCCCAUCUGGUGGAAUGUUAGGUCCUAUGAUGAAUUUGGAUCCAUUUAGUGCAUCCAUGGGUCUUCCAUCUGGUUUUUCUACACAUGAGCAUUUGAUGAACGCUCAUCCCUCUGCUGGAGCUAAUAGGUCCAGGGGGCCAAUUAUUGAGGAAUUAAAUUCUGAUGAUGAAGUAGUAGAAGAUGAAGAGAAGAAGCACGCUCCUAAAAAGCAUUGUAGGUCAAGUGAAGGGCCUUUGGAAAUUCAAGGUGGACGUGGUAAGCAGCUGCAGCAGCGGAAUGACUUCAACACUCUGAAUAACUCGCGUACGAAUUCCCGAUCGCAAAGCUUCACAUUUCAGAGCUCAAGUUUUACAUAUGGUGGUUCUGAUGGAUCUUAUUAUACUAAAUCAAGAAGUAUGAGGACAGGAAGUGACGGAUUGACAGUAGAUGAAAGUAAGGAAGCUGAUUCAACUACUGGCCGAGCUUCUCACAGGCUCUCUAGAGGAAUUUAUGAUAAGGGUCAUACUGUUUCAAGGAACUUGCAGUCAGAUGGAAGAGUGGACACUCAGCAGAUUUUGCACAAUAUUGAUGAAGAUGAACUUGUUGGCUUUGAAGAAGCGUGGAAAGAAAAUGCAGGGAAACAUUUGCCAGGUUGGAGUGAAGGCCUUAGAGUCCAGAAUGGGCCUGGGAGCAGCGCACUAAGUGACCAGCAUAGUAGGGGAGGCUUGGCACUUCCUUCGACUGAAGAUGGAGCUGGUUCUUCUCAGAUGCAACAUAUUGCUACUGAAAGGGCGAGGAAAAAAGUUGGAGACCCGAAACGUUCUGCUCGACGUAGAUCAGGAGGCAAUUAGAGUUGGUAUGGUGGCGCACACAUUCUGAGGGCACUGAGAUGACGAAAUGGUGCUAUAUUACCGCACUCAAAGUAGUACUAGUAGGAAAGUAGGACCUUCUGGGUAUCUAGAAGAUGCUUGUAUGUAUUCUAAGACAAUUAUGCUUGGUGCCAUCAGUUCUAUUUUGUGGUUGAGAUGAUUGAGAUGAGACAGGAUGUUGCUGCAAUAUGCUAUAUGCUAUAUAUAAUGUAGACCUAUAUAUUUGACAACUUACUAUUCAGCAGUGGCAUUAUUUUCAUUAUGAUGUUCAA